GCAAAACUUGAAAACAACGAAAAAUAACAACUAAAACUAAAUAAAAGGUGGAUUAGACGCAAAUUAAUUGUUAUUAAAAGAGAUUUGACCUUGAGAAUAGCGGAAAGUACCUGGGAUUCGCUAUACUUAGCCCUGAAAGGGUGUGCAAGAGUCCGUCUGGCCGAAUUUAUUUUGCACUGCCCACUGCGCAGUCCCAAUUUGACGAAUUGCACAAAGAACAAAUUUGUAAAUCGAAUUAAGCGAACGCCUGUGUCAUCCAAAAGAGAAUUAAUUCCCGCUGCAGAUGGAUCAUCGUGUUUUCCUGUCGCUGAUCUUUGUGCUCAGCGGCACCUUUAAUGUCCUGGUGGUGAAAUGGGCCAAUCAGCAGCAGGUGAUUGGGAGCGAUGGCAAGCUACACGGCUUCCAACAUCCGGUGGUCUUCACUCUGCUCAUGUUUCUGGGCGAGUUUCUAUGCUACCUCGCCUUCAAGCUGAUUCGUCUGAUCUCCAGCCGCCGCGGGGCAAGCACCGAGCUGGACAGCAUUCUGGCUCAUGGAAGCAACGAGUUUAGUCCCUUGAGUAUGCUUCUGCCCACAGUGUUGGAUGUAGUUGCCUCCAUACUUCUGUUUACCGGCCUGUACUUGACUUACGCGACCAGCUUUCAGAUGAUAAGAGGCGCUGCACUCAUCUUCGUCGGCAUUUUUAGCACCAUGUUCCUGAACCAUACCCUUACCUCCCGUCAUUGGCUGGCCAUCUUCACCAUCACUUGCGGACUUCUGGACAUUGUUUGCCUGGACGUUCAACGCGUUGAUUAUGAUAGUGUUACCCUGCCGCAUACGGAUCACAAAUCAAUACUGACCGGGGAUAUGCUUAUCAUCAUUGCCGAGAUCCUGCACGGUCUACAGUAUGUAUACGAGGAGAAGCAGUUGAAGACGUCCAAUGUAGCGCCGCUACAAGCCGCCGGGUGGCAGGGCAUCUUUGGUCUGAUCAUCACCUCGCUGUUGGCUGUUUGCCUUCACUUUUUGCCCACCAUGAAUCCCUUUAACGAGAGCUCACGCGCUGUCUUUGAUGACUGGGGUGACCUUUUAAGUGGUCUCCAAGGCAAUCCAGCAUUAAUCAUAUCCCUGAUCGGAUUCACCAUUUCGUGCGCCCUGUACAACUUCGUGGGCCUCUUUAUUGCAAUGUACUCUUCCAGUGCCAACCGGUUGCUGGCCGAUGGUCUGCGCGUGUACUUUAUCUGGGUGUUUGUCAUCGUCAUGGAGUGGGAGUACAUCAACUUAAUCACCAUUAUGGGCUUUAUGAUCCUGCAAAUGGGCAUCAUCUUGUACCGUCAGGCCCUGUUUAUCGACUGGUACCGAUCUGCAUUGGCUCGCUGGCAGCGCGCUCGCUACGUGGAUUUGGGUGCCGACAACACGGCCGUUCCAAUAGCCGGCCAGCGGAUGUGAUCUAGGCACGCAGACAGGCAGCCGGCGACAGUGAAGAAGGACUGACAACCGUACGCGGUGGAUUGUGAUAUGAGAGAUGGGCUGGCAGAUCAUCCCUGGGUUGAUUCAAAAAGAUUACUUAUCGAUUGUAAACGUUUAAAUUAAUAGAUUUAAUAAGAAAGUA